GCUCCCCCUCCCGGCACCGGGCACCAGCACCGGCACCAGCACCAGCACCGGGCGGCUGCAAUGGACGAGGCGAUGCAUCAGGCGGAAGACGAGACACUACGCACGGUCACCAUCUCCAAAGUGUGCAAACAGCGAACCCCUUACAACGCGCUCAGACCCUUCCCCGGGAAGAAGGCGAUGAUGGCCAGGAGGUACGAGAGACCCACCAUGGUGGACAUCCCGCAGCUGGCCAUUGGCGCGGCAGCAGGAGGAGGAGCUCCCCAGCAGAGUCACCACCAUCCGCCGGUUGCCAUAAACACUGGGCAGCAGCCACAUCACUACCACCAUCAGCACCACCACCAGCAGCAACAGCAGCAGCAGCAGCAGCAGCAGCAACAUUAUCCUUCUUACCAGAGCGUGUCUAACGCCAGACUGGUCCUGGGAGCGGCAUCACCAGCAACAUCGACCUAUGCUUCGGCUUCCCAGUCGCACCUCGGAGCAACAGCCCCAGACCACCCUCCUCCCGCCAGGUACAACAACACAUUCACAUCCCCGCCGCCAGCAGAGAGCAACAGCAUCAACCUGAGUGCAGAGAGCCGCUUAAUACUUGACGCAUUUGCACAGCAAUGCAGUCGAGUCCUGACUCUCCUGAAAGACAAUGGAAAACUUCUGGACACCAACUAUCCUCAAGUGGUUUCAAGUGUGAAAAGGGAGAGUGGAUGCUACGAAGAGCACACAGGACAGUGCCAGCUUGUCAGAAGUGGCCCAGUGCAGCCACUGACAGGAGGCAACCCGGAUAUGGAAUUGGAGUACGUGCAGAAGAAACAUCAAACCUCAGCCUUGCUGCGAGUAUUUACUGACUCCCUUCAGAGUUACCUCCUAGCGGGGGGCCGGCCUUCACAGAGUAACAUGGAAGCAAGCGAGUGCAGUCACAUGACGGAAAUGGAUCCACUUUCCUCGUCUCCUACCCACACCCUGGGAGGGUGGACAUCCCCCGCUACGUCCGAAUCCCAUGUUCAUCCAUCAUCAACGUUUCCUGAGGAGGAAGAAGAGGGUGGAUACUGUCAGAGAUGCCAAGAGUUGGAACAAGAAGUAGUUUUACUUCAACAGGAAAAUGAGGAGAUGAGGAAAACCUUGGAUAGCAUUCCAGUGCCCUGCCAGACCGUUCUUGAUUAUUACAAGACUGUCCUUCAGCACCACAACCAACUUGUUCAACCAGUCUCAGAGGAGCAGCCACCAGAGGGAAACAAGCAGUUGUUGACCAACUAUCCUGUGCAUAUCACCAGUAAACAAUGGGACGAGGCUGUCAAUUCAUCUAAAAAAGAUGGCCGCCGGCUACUGCGUUACCUCAUUCGAUUUGUGUUCACAACAGAUGAACUGAAGUAUUCAUGUGGUCUGGGGAAAAGGAAACGAUCUAUGCCACUAGGAGAGCCAGGACCUGAGCGACGACCUCUCGACCCAGUCAAAGUGACCUGCCUCCGAGAAUUCAUCCGGAUGCAUUGCACCUCCAACCCGGAUUGGUGGAUGCCAUCAGAGGAACAAAUCAACAAGGUUUUCAGUGAUGCUGUUGGGCAUGCUCGGCAGGGACGUGCGGUGGGAACUUUCCUGGGUGGCAGCGGUGCCUAUUAUGAAGGCUAUGACCAUCAGAUGUCACAGGACGAAGUGUUCAACAAGGGAUGCCACGAGGGCGGAGGAGACUGAACCCAUACAGUUUAAUGUAACUGCCUUGUUGGUGUAGAACAUGAAUGUAUAUUUCUCCAUGGUUGUAUUGGUGUUGCACCAACUUGAUAUGAUGCAAAUCAAUCUCAAAUUAGAACAUUUAAUUAAAACAAGAUUUCCAACAGAAGAAAUACCAAAAGUGACCUCAGAGGUUAACCUGCUUUGACUGUGAUUUAUUUGGUAAAUAUCCAUUGUCUUGAACAUCCAAAGUGCAAUCCCAGGCUUGGGACUGAGGAAUGUUACUUACUCUGACCAAAUAAGAAAAAAUAGCAUUCAGCCUGAAUAAGAAGAUAGCAUACAAUCAAAAUAAGACUUUAAAAAUAGUUUGCUUUAUAGGUUUGUUUACAAGCUCUAAAAUCUGCACAAAAUCAAAAAUAACUUUGAAUGAAAUAUAUCAAAGCUAAUUCUGGGCAACUAUAAUUCUGGGCAACUCACGAAUAGAAAAAGAUUACUGUUAAAAUCUGGAGCCUGACCCGUGUUGAUGGUAUUACUAGCAGUAAAACAGAGUUUAGGAAUUAAGCUUGUAGUCACAAACAUCAUAAUAGUGUGGUGAUAUGGUUUACAAUAUAGGAAUAGUUUAUCGUCACAUGUGACUAGGCACAGUGUGAUUCUUUGCCUGCAUACACAAUGUGUACAAAUAUCAGGUCUUCCACGCUCCAGUCGACCCGCGAGGCAUCGCCGCCGCCACCGCCGCCCCAUUUCACAUCCGCGUGGCGCCGCCGUGGGCUCCGUCGCCCGCUUCUAUCCACGAGGCCCCGACCCGGGCUUCUACGCAGUGACCCAGGAGGCAUCGAGAUAAAGGCCUCCGGCAGCUUUCCCAGUCCACAGCCGUGGCCCGUCGGCUAUAAAACUUUGCCCAGUCUACCAUCCUGUAAAUUCAAUUCUCCCCCCUCCCUGAUUCUCAGUCUGAUGAAAGGUCUCGACCCGGCUAUUUCUUUCUGGAGAGAUGCUGCCUGACCCGUUGAGUUACUCCAGCAUUUUGUCUAUCUUUGGUGUAAAUCAGCAUCUGCAGUUCCUUCCUACACAAAUUCAAUUCUUGCCCUAGUUUCAGUUACCUACUUUUAAAAUGUAGCAUUUCGGAAUUGUAGCGCCCUUGCCAAGGGAAUCAUGUAGAAAUAUAACGUAAUAUCUGCAGAAUGACAAACAAAAUCGAGGCAGGUAAGUAGCAUUCCCUUCAGCAAUGCAUAUCUGCCAAUUAUCUCACACACUGGCUUUGGUUAUAUUGCACUUUGUUUGAAUACCUUCUGUCCAUGUGCACAAAUGCACUGACAUUGAAAGUUGCAACAUUUGUAAUACUUGUAUUAAAACUAAUUUCAUUAACGAAAUUAAUUUUAAACCGUUAGUUUCUUAUCAACUUUCAAAUUGACUGUUAUCGAGGCAUUUGACCCCAUUUCACGUUCAUAGUCGGCCGACAUGCUGAUUAUGACGACUGGAUUAUCCUGUUCAUAUUACUAAACCUUAAUUGUUAAUCUGCUAAGGUUUUGCACAUUUGAAUAAAGCAGAAAACAAUAAGAACCAAGGAACGCAUUAUUCUAAGGUAUAUAAAAAAUGCAGGAGAAACUCAGCGGGUGAGGCAGCAUCUAUGGAGAAAAGGAAUUGGCGACGUUUCGGGUCGAGACCCGUCUUCAGAAGGGUCUCGG